CACUCGCCCCGCCCCCUCGUAGUAGUUCACGUCCUCCGGCCAUAAAAAGGGGUGAUGCAACGAGCCGGCGACAACUGUAACUUUACCAGCUGAGCGCGAGAACGCUCCAGUCGGAGGAGAGCAUCCCAACACGCGCGUUUAUUCAGUCAAAACAAGAUUUCGGAAUGAUGCUUCAGCAUCCUGGUCUGGGUCCGUCGGAGAUCAGCGCCUCUGCUUUGGUACCCUGCCUCUCCCCGCCCGGCUCACUCACGCUGGACGACUUCACCAACUUCACUCCAUUAGUGAAAGAGGAGCUGCGCUACGCCAUCCAGAACAAGCGCCUGUCCAACGGCAUGAGCACCCUGACCACCGACCGAGCGUGUACAGAACGCCCCACUGAACUACCUGUGAUGAAGCGUGAGGUCGCUCCAGAGGAGAGUGAAAGGAGAAAAAGACGGAGGGAGAGAAACAAAAUUGCAGCAGCAAAAUGCAGAAACAAGAAAAAAGAGAAAACCGACAAUUUACAAAAGGAGUCAGAGAAGUUGGAGUCCAUCAAUGCCGAGUUGAAAGCCCAGAUUGAGGAGCUGAAGAACCAAAAGCAGCAGUUAGUUUACAUGCUCAACCUGCACAGGCCCACCUGUAUCGUCCGAGCUCAGAACGGCCAGACCCCCGAAGACGAGAGAAAGCUCUUCAUCCAGCAAAUCAAAGAGACCACCCUCCAGGGUCUGAAUCUUACCGCAAGUGGACCAAUGCACACCUCAAUCCCAACUAGCUGUGGGCACCUCUAAAUCACAAACUGUACAGACAAGAAGCUAAUGGUUCGGCAACCUCGCCAAGGAAACGCUGGAAGGUUCACCCCACAUUAUAAAGGACUAAACACGGGUGCCUGCCAUGCUGCCAGUCAAGGUCGGUCUGAUGUACACUGAAAGAGACUGUUAAAGCACUAAAGUGUUGAAGGAUGCCUGAUGCGUUUUUCAUUUAAAUGUGUUCGUAAUUGUAUGUUUAACAUAAUAUGCUUUUUGUAUGCACCAAAGCCUGAUGUCGUGUUGAUGCUAGAACGACAUGAUUUAAUUUAUUUAUCAGCUUGUUGGUUAAAUGAAACCCUGGCGGUGUGUUUGACAGCAAGUACUAUUCUAGCGAGCGGAAACAAAUGUAGUCGUUUGCGCGUAUCUUUUUCACUCACUAGCGAGACAUACAGGGUGAUGAAAUUGUUUAGUUACGUAUUUAUCUCUGGCCUCUGCCUUGUUAAGCGUCCACAUAAUAUGCCACAUGAAGUAUUUCAAGCUGCUACUAAUCUCUCAGGACCUGGUCUAUAUAUAUUGCAGGAAACUCACGUUAAAUAAACAGAUAAAAUAACAGGGAAGUCGACACGGAGCGGACUUUGAGAUGACGAGGUGUCUCGCACGCUACUUACAAGGAAGUUUCCACUCUUCUUCACCGAAAGCCUGUUUGCUAUCACCUCAACCGUAUGACUAUGUUGUUGUUACAAUGCUGUGAGCAGGAAGGUCGGCGUUUGCCAGCCUACUGUAUAAAAGGAGAAAAAAAAAGUGUUUUUGUGCUAUUAGCAAGGACAUGCUUAUUUUUUGACGUCGCGUUUUUCAUAUACUGUAGUUGUGUGUUGUUAUUGUCUAGAUACACAAACCUCUGCACUCCCAGUUAACCAGAAAUGUUCUCAGAACUUUGGCUAAUGUCCUGUAAUGUUAACAGAAUGGAACUUUGUGAUGUUAGCACCAUCUUGUCACACCUUUUUUUUUGAAAUGUUACUGCUUACUAUUUGUUUCGCGGCAUUCAGAGAGCAUUCAAACGUAGUGUUCCAGUAAUGUUUUCAAAUGGUUUCAGCAUGAUUUGCCUUAAAGUUUUCUCCAGCGUUUUGCAUAUUUGCUUUUCUUUCAUUCACAAACAACAUGGAGGAUUUUAGCCGUAUGUUCUUAGAAUGUAUUUUUGUUGGCUGGGCUCGUCCUAAAGGGAAAAAAAAAACUUGAAGUAAAGCUCUUAUUAAUCGUCUGUGUUCUUAGAUCACAUGUCAAGUAGUUAGUGUCACACCGUGUUGUUAGUGAAGAAACACAUACCACGAGACAUCUGAUCAGCCCUGUGACUGCAUUUCUUAAUAUUACAGAAAAGGUGUACUGAAGUAUAAAAAUCGCUCAUUACUGCUAAACCGAGGAAAACCCCUGAUCUUUUAACAAACUUCUCCCUUAUGCUUUGGAGCAUAGUUUAAAUAUAAGUACUGAAAGGUUAACUGGCGCAGGCGUCCGGUAGCUUUUUUCCUUUUUUUUUUUUUUGUAUUUGUUCAAACAGGCAUGCCACAAAAUGUGGCACUACUGACAUUAAAUGUGUAAUGAAAACAAAGCUGUGCUUUCUGUUCGUGGUUAAACCAGAAUUCAUCACGUCAUUGGUGUCCAAAGUGAUCAGGUGCAAUUGCUACCAAAAUUCAUCGAUGGAGAAGAUGAUGGCCUGUGACAUAUAUGUGGCUCGAUUUUGACUGUUGUUUGUUUUUGAUACUUUAUUAAUAAAAAGCUAUACCACUCGCAA